AUGUCUUUCCCCACCUUGAAAGUUGUUCUCUCACUCUUCAUUUACACAUUUACCCUUGUGACCAUAACAAGGGCCGGCGACCCGGACAUACUAACCGACUUCAUAAGCCCGAUAACCGGCCCAAUUGACGCGAACUUCUUCACCUACACGGGCUUCCGCGUUCUCGUCGGACCACAAAACCCAAGCCCACCACCUUUCAAAGUACUAAAAGCAACCAUGAUAGAAUUUCCAUCAUUGAAUGGACAAAGUGUGUCCUAUGCUUCUCUUCAAUUCCAACCUAAAAGCACUAAUCCACCACACAUCCACCCACGUUCAGCUGAACUACUCUUUCUUGUUCAAGGUUCACUUCAAGUUGGAUUCGUCGACACAACUAAUAAACUCUUCACGCAAACUCUUUCAACCGGUGAUUUGUUCGUGUUUCCGAAGGGUCUUGUCCAUUUCCAAUAUAAUGCCGAUGAUAAGGCUCCUGCUGUUGCUAUAUCAGCCUUUGGUAGUGCUAAUGCUGGCACUAUUUCACUUCCUAAUACGUUGUUUAAUACUUCUAUUAGUGAUAAUGUCUUGGCUUUGGCUUUUAAGACUGAUGUUUCCACCAUUCAAAACUUGAAGAAAGGAUUUUCUACCUAG